CUGUGAACUCCGACCUCACCAGGACCCCCACAUAGACCCACACAACUGCCCCUCUUAGGCACACACACACACACACACACACACACACACACACACACACACUUACUGUAAAUAUUGUGUUGUUUUUUAUUGUAAAUAGUGUGUACUUGUUGCCCUUGCACAUUCCUGCUGAGCAUUGCCACUUUCAUUUCACUGCACACCCUGUGUGUGUAUGUGACAAAUAAAACAUCUUGAAUCUUGAAUCUUGAAUCUUGAAUAUAUACAUAUUGAAGCGACAGAAAACGUUCUCUGGUAAAGCUUUUCGCGGUCAUGUGACGCGCAUGCGCCGCGACGUCAUGCGGAAGUAAGUCAGCCAAGAUGGCGGCGUCCUUGACAGGCGUGUUGAUGCUCAGCGGUUGCAGAUGCACGCGCCGUGCAGCCGGCGGGAGAAGACCGUGAGAGCGCGAGCAUGGAGAGGCGCGAGCUCGUCGCGUCGCUGGUGGCCGGCGGCUGUGCCGGGAUGUGUGUGGACCUGACCCUCUACCCGCUGGACACCCUGAAGACCCGACUGCAGAGUCAGCAGGGCUUCUACAAGGCGGGGGGCUUCCGGGGCAUCUACGCCGGGGUCCCCUCCGCCGCCGUCGGCUCCUUCCCCAACGCCGCCGCUUUCUUUGUCACCUACGAAUGCACAAAGUCGCUGCUCGGCGCCGGAGGGGCGGGACACGUGGCACCUGUCACUCACAUGCUGGCCGCCUCCCUGGGGGAAGUGGUGGCGUGUCUGAUCCGGGUGCCCACGGAGGUGGUGAAGCAGAGGACCCAGGCGGCGCCCUCCUCCUCCACCCGCCGCAUGCUGCUGGCCACGCUCACGGAGGAGGGCGUCCGAGGCUUGUACCGAGGAUACGGGAGCACGGUCCUCAGAGAGCUGGGGUACAUCUCCUUCUCCUCUCUUCAAGCCCCGGUUCAUCCCUUCCUCCGCUUCCUCCAUCAGGUGGUUUUCGCUGAAGAGAAGACCGACAUGAAGCGUCUUCGUGGCUACGAUCGUCUUCUCCGAUUGGUCCGUCACGGCCUCUUGAGAGCCGCCUGUGUUGCCAGACUUAAAGUCCGGAAGAAAAAAAACCAAAGAGCAGCGUCGAUCCCGUUCUCUUUGGUGCAGUUUCCACUCUGGGAAUAUUUAAAGACUCUGUGGUCGCGGAGGCAAGGUCACACGCUCUCCUCUUGGCAGGCGGCGGUGUGCGGAGCGUUCGCAGGUGCAAUAGCGGCGUUUGUUACCACUCCUCUUGACGUGGCAAAGACCAGGAUCAUGCUCGCAAAGGCCGGCUCGACCACGGCGAGGGGCAACAUCCCGCUGGUGCUCCACGGCGUGUGGAGGAGCCAGGGCCUCUCUGGUCUGUUCGCGGGCAGCAUCCCGAGGACGGCCUUCAUCAGCGUGGGCGGGUUCAUCUUCCUGGGCGCCUACGAGGAGGCCCGCCGCUCUCUGAUGACCGUCCCGGGUCCCUGACCUGGAGGGGGGCGGAGCUACCUCGUCCCUUGGAGGAGGCGGAGCUACCGCGUCCCGUGGAGGAUGAUGGAUGGCAUCCCGCCCCCCCUUCCCCACCCCGGGGUGCUGCAUUCCUGAACAGGCUGAGCUCACACCAGUGGUGAAAUGGAGCCACGCCCUGUCACAACAUCUUUACGUGUGUGUGUCAAUGAUUGUGGUAUUAAAGUCUCUUUUUAUGCUCUGA